AUGUCUCCCUCCAGCAAAAUCCGUAACAUCGAGAAGAAGAUAAUGGCCCUCAAGGCGAGGCACAAAGAUUAUGAGGGCCGCUUUGAGGCGCUCAACGCAUCGACUGCCGGUCGUGAAAAGAGUGCAUCAAAUAGGGAGAAAGCUGUAGGCCUGAAGGAAAAGAUGAAAUCUGUCAAAUAUGAGAUUCUAGGGUGUGAGUAUGAGAUUAAGACAGUCAGGGAGGGGGUGGGGGUGGAGUUUUGGGUUGGCUGCGUGGCUGUGAGACGGGGGGAGAGACGCCGGAGGAUCUGGCGGAUCGGCUGGGGUAUCUCGGGUGUUGAGUUGAAGGUUAGGUGGUAG